GCGCGAUGCGUUGUGCAGAGCUGCUGGAGCUAGUUCUGCAACCACUGCUUCUAAUGCAGCUCGUCCUUUGUAUCUUGAUCUGGUGUACCAUGAUGCUUUACUUCUCCGUAUCGGGAAUCAAUGUAAAGUUCAUCAACAUGUUCCUGCUCUUUCUGUUCGUAUCGAUAGAGACCUUCGGAUAUUGCUAUCUCGGCACACAGCUAUCUCAAGAGAGCAUCAACGUUGGCAAGGCACUGUACGAUGCUGACUGGAUCGAUUACGACGCAGUGAUGAGAAAGAAGGUCGCCUUCAUGAUUAUGCGAGCACAGUGCCGGGUUGGGCUAACGGCGGCCAAAUUUUGCUUCGUCGAUAUGGAACAGUUUGUUGCGAUGCUCAACAUGUCGUACUCCAUCUUCGUGGUGCUCAAGGACGUAUUUUAAUGGUAUACCCGACAACUGGACCAAUUCCCACACGUCGUGCGCUCAAGUUUUUCUGAAUAAAAGCUCACGAUCGAUGCAUAAUCAUGCAUA